GUCAGUUGCUGGCUGACACUCUUUCACAACGGUUGUGUUGUUCGUUCGUUGAUCAUUCAAUAAGGAAUGCCAAUUCUGACAGUCUGCUCCAGAAUUGAAAGAAAAAAUAAAACGCGCGGUCCUGCGGGAUAAAUGAAAAUAACUAUCCACAAAUAAGGAUAAUAAGAUAAACAAAAAAUAAAAGAAAAACAUACAAAUUAUCUCAAUGAGCAUUGACAAGUAUUGACAAGUGAUAAAUUCAAUCAAUUAUUGCUUAAGUGACACACAGUUCAAGUGGAAGGCAAUUAACAUUAAGACAAAAGGAUAUUGUGCUGUAGCUUAACAUCUUCAUCAAAUAUGGAUUUAUCAAGGCGGUCUCGAUUGCCGCCUUCGAUAGCAUUCAUUUUAAUUAUAUGUAUUCAUACGUCACAAGCCAGAUUUUAUGGUGACAGACUUAAGAGACAAAAUGGUGCCAAUAUGUAUUUACCCGCCAGUUCAAUCAUACCCGGAGGUCCGGGCAAUGAUCCUCGGGAGUGGAGUGAAUGGAGCUCUCCCUCGGAGUGUUCCAGAUCGUGUGGCGGUGGUGUUUCCUACCAAACAAGGGAAUGUCUAAGGACGGGGCCUGAUGGUUCACCUAUGUGUUCGGGUGGAAACCGUCAGUAUUUCUCUUGCAACACUCAGGAUUGUCCUGAGGAAGAGGAUGACUUUCGGGCGCAGCAAUGUUCCCGCUUUAAUCAUCAAUCCUUCGAUGGCAUCUUCUACGAGUGGGUUCCGUAUUUGGGAGCUGCCAAUCCCUGUGAAUUGAAUUGUAUGCCCAAAGGCGAGCGUUUUUAUUAUCGCCAUAAGGCUAAAGUAAUUGAUGGAACACGUUGUAAUGAUAAGGAUUUGGAUGUGUGUGUAGAUGGUCAGUGUCAGCCAGUGGGUUGCGAUAUGAUGUUGGGCUCGGAGGCGAAAGAGGACAAUUGUCGCAAGUGCGGCGGCGAUGGCAGCACCUGUCGUAUCCUAAAGGAUCGUUUUGCCACUGAUAAUUUGGCAGCUGGUUACAACGACAUUCUGUUGAUACCAAGUGGUGCCACGAAUAUUCGUGUCCAAGAAACAAAUCCCUCAAAUAAUUAUUUGGCCUGUCGCAAUCUUAGCGGCCACUACUAUUUAAAUGGCAAUUGGCGCAUUGACUUCCCUAGGCCUAUGCUGUUUGCUGGCUCUUGGUGGACUUAUCAACGCAAACCUACGGGUUUUGCUGCUCCCGACCAUUUGAGUUGUAGAGGUCCCAUUACAGAAUCUGUUUACAUUGUGAUGCUGGUCCAGGAUAAAAACGUAAGCAUUGAUUACGAAUACAGCAUACCGCAAGAGGUCAGCCCCAGCUCUCCGAAUGUCUACACAUGGACGCAUAUGGAAUAUGGACCUUGCAGUACAUCAUGUGGCGGUGGUAAGCAAAGUCGUACAGUUACUUGCAACAAUCGUCUAAACUUGGAAGAGGUGGAUGCUAGUUUUUGUGAUGAAAAGGCGAAGCCUGCAGAAACGCAAGAAUGCGGCACUGAACCAUGUGCACCCCACUGGGAAAAGACAGACUGGGGAAAGUGUUCCAAGGGAUGCGGUGCAGACGGUAUUCAAACACGUAAUGUAUCCUGCGUGCGUCUGUCGCCAUCGGGACAACGAACCGUUGAGGAAGAUGCUGUGUGCUUGCAAGAAGUAGGCAAUAAACCUGCUGAUCAACAGGAAUGUAAUCGUGAUGUGAAGAAUUGCCCCAAGUACCAUUUGGGUCCAUGGACGCCGUGUGACAAACUGUGUGGCGAAGGCAAAAAGACGCGCAAAGUGACCUGCUAUAUUGAAGAAAAUGGUCGCAAAAAGGUAUUGAGUGAUGAGGACUGCGUCGAGGAGAAACCAAGCACAGAAGAGACAUGCAUGUUGGCUCCUUGCGAAGGUGUGGACUGGAUCAUUUCUCAAUGGAGUGGUUGUGAUGCAUGUGGCCAAACUACGGAAACCCGCACUGCUAUUUGUGGGUCAAAGACUGGAAAGGUGUAUCCUGGCGAGUUUUGUGCCCCUGAGGUUCCCCUUCUCUCUAGGCCUUGUAAAUCCAAGAAAUGUAAAACGCAAUGGUUCACAUCUGAAUGGAGCAAAUGUUCAUCGCCAUGCGGUAAAGGUGUUCAAUCUCGGGUCGUUCUUUGUGGAGAGUUUGAUGGAAGUAAAGUCACCAUGAUGAAGGACGAGUCUAAGUGUGAUGCUGCAGCGAAGCCCGAGGCAUCCCAGGAGUGCGAAGGGGAAGAAAAGGAAUGCCCCGGCGAAUGGUUCACAGGCCCAUGGGGAUCGUGUAGUAAACCUUGUGGAGGAGGCGAACGUAAACGGGAAGUUAUGUGUCUGUCCAACGGUACUAAGUCAGACAAUUGUGACGAAGCCAAACUCGAAUCUUUAUCAGAAAAAUGUAAUACGCAAGCAUGCACUGAGGAUGGGGUAAUGCCAGUCGAUAGUACCGAUAAACCAAUUUCUGACGAGGACGAAGAGGACUGUGAAGAAGAAGACGAGGAUGUUGAAUUGGUCACAUCCAAGAUGAGCGAAGACUUGAAGAUAUCAGAUGGAAUUGAUUUGGACGAGGAUACAACAUUGUCUUCUCUAAUGACGGACGAACUCAUGAUGAGCGACAGCACUCCACCAACAGAUAUAACCGAUGAUGGCUUUACAACUUCUGAAGGUUCUGGCGACGAAACUGAGAGCACCGACCUCUCCAGCCUUGUAACAGAGGGAAGUGGCGAUAUGGAAACAACCUCUGAAUCUGGUGUAAGCGACAUGUCGACACAGUCUUCAGAUGCUUCCGAAUCGACGGAUGGAACCUCUUCAACAGAUGAUGAAUCCGAAUCAACAGCCUCCGCUGUUGACUCAUCCGUUACAACUGAAUCACCAACUUCCGAUUCCACCGACUCAUCCGAUUCCACCGACUCCUCCGAUUCCACCGACUCCUCCGAUUCCACUGACUCCUCCGAUUCCACCGGCGCCUCCGAUUCCACCGACACUACAGAAGAAUCGUCAUUAUCAUCCGAUUUGUCAACUGAUAUGUCUACUGAAUCUUCAGGUUCCACAGAUGAAACAACGGAGUCGUCUGAUUCUACAGAUGUUUCAAGUUCAACCGAUGCUUCGGCUUCAACCGAUGCUUCCGCUGUGACCGAUGAUGAUGCCUCUACAGACGCUACUGGAUCAACUGAAUCGACCGUUUCUGGCUCUACUGAAGAGUCCGGCUCAACCGAUGCUUCCGAGUCUACAGACGGCUCGACGGAUGUAUCUGGAUCAACUGACUCUUCGGCGUCAACAGACGUUUCAGGGUCGACCGAAGCCUCCGCAUCUACGGAUGUGUCUGGCACAACAGACACUUCUGCUUCCUCAGACGUCUCUAGUUCAACUGAUGCUUCGGCUUCUACUGAUGUAUCAGAUACAACUGAAUCGGCUUCAACGGAAUCCACCACAGAAGUUACAACUGACUCAACCCCUAGCGAUACCACACCCACCGAAACAACAUCCAGCGAUAAUACUGACACAACUGAAUCUACAACUGACAUAUCGACGUCCUCAGACACCACUGCAUCAGGCGCUACUGAAUCUUCGGAAACAACUGAUUCUUCAACAGAUGCUUCGGCGUCAACAGAUGCUUCUGCAUCUACUGAUGCUUCUGCAUCUACUGAUGCUUCUGCAUCUACUGAUUCUUCUGGAUCUACUGAUGCUUCUUCAUCUACUGAUGCUUCUGCAUCAACUGAUGCUUCAGGAGCCACCGAAUCAUCCGACUCAACGGAUUCAUCGACAGAUGCGUCAGCUUCAACCGAUGUUUCAGGUUCGACUGAUUCUUCAGUAUCAACUGACUCCUCUACGGAUGAAUCAGCUUCAACAGAUGUUUCUGACACCACUGAGAGUUCUGCAUCAACCGAUGUAUCAGGUUCAACGGAAUCGCCCGCCUCCACAGAUGCUUCGGAGGCAACCGAAUCAGGUGCAACCGAUGAAACGACAGAAUCUUCGGGAUCUACGGAAUCUGAAGGACCAACUGAAUCUACUGUCAGUGGAUCCACGGAGGAAGAAUCGACUGGCUCAGAUGUCACUACAGAAUCCGGACUAUCUGUUAGCACUGAAGAAGGAAGCUCCACAGAUGUUAGUGAAAGCUCAAGCGAUGUGUCAGAUGUUACCACCGAGGGCGUAUCUGGCGAAACCACUUUGGAAUCUGGACCCACAGAUGAAACAACAGAAGAGGCUGGGUCAAGCACCACUUCAGCAGAUGGCUUAUCAACUUCAUCAGAUCUAUUUGAUUCUACCACAGAGAGUUCAGGAGACUCUUCACUGUCGACAGGUGAGUUCACGACGGUGGAUAUUUGGACCUCCGAGGAUGAUGAGGAUCUGGAGAAGAGUACUCCCAAUACAUUGGAAGCUAUUGUCACCAAAGAAUCCAAACCUAAAAAAUGCAAAGGCAAGAAAUCCAAGGAUUGCAAGAAGACUGAACACGGUUGUUGUCCUGAUGGAAAGACUGUCGCUAAAGGGCCCUUCGAUGAGGGUUGUCCGAUUCCGAAGACUUGCAAAGAAACAGAAUUCGGUUGCUGCCCCGAUGGCGUUUCACCUGCUGAUGGACCUAAGAACAAAGGAUGUCCCAAAUCUCAGUGCGCUGAAACAUUGUUUGGAUGUUGCCCCGACAAAUACACUCCAGCCGAAGGUGAAGACGAUGAGGGAUGUCCAGAACCAACUACAGAGCCUCCCACCACCACCACGGAAAUGGUUGAAGAAGAAACGACUAUGGAAAGUGAUUCCACGGAUAUGGAAGGAUCCUCCACCGAUGUCUCAGGAGCCACAGAAGCUUCCGUUGGUACAGAAGGUCCCGAAACCGUCAAAUCGUGCUCUUUUGCUGAAUUCGGUUGCUGCCCUGACUCCGUUACUGCCGCUACUGGCCCCAACUUUGCAGGUUGCAAUGUUACUGGCGCCGAUCCUAGGGAUUGCAGAAACUCUGAAUUUGGUUGCUGCCGCGAUGGUCGCACUCCCGCUUCUGGUCCUGAUAACCAAGGUUGUCCGGCGUGUGCUGAGGAACCAUUUGGCUGCUGUCCCGACAAGGAAACUCCAGCUCAUGGUCCUUUGGGUGAGGGCUGUUGUUUGAAUUCACCAUUCGGCUGUUGUCCAGACAACAUCAAUAGUGCUCGAGGUCCUAACUUCCAAGAUUGUGAAUGCAAAUAUGCUCCCUAUGGCUGUUGCCCUGACGAAAAGACUGCCGCCCGUGGUCCCAGCAAUGAAGGUUGCGGUUGUGAAAAUACUCAAUUUGGCUGUUGUCCCGACAAACUUACCCCGGCUCAAGGACCCAAGUUUGAAGGAUGUGGCUGCCAUACAUUGCAAUUCGGUUGCUGCCCCGAUGGUAUUACCAUUGCCCAAGGCCCACAUCAUUAUGGCUGUCAUUGCUCGCAAACCGAACACAAGUGCUGUCCCGAUGACAAAACUCCAGCAAAAGGACCCAACUUCGAGGGCUGCACUUGCUUGGAAAGCAAGCAUGGUUGUUGUCCCGAUGGUGUCACUUCAGCUGAAGGAGACAAAUUCGAAGGUUGUGAAAAUGUCAAAGAACCCCCACAAAAAGCGUGCGGCUUGGCCAAGGAGACAGGACCAUGUGGUAACUUCAGCAUCAAGUACUUCUUCGAUACUUCUUAUGGCGCGUGUGCAAAGUUCUGGUAUGGUGGCUGCGAAGGAAACGGCAAUCGUUUCGAAACGGAGGGUGAUUGUAAAGCAACUUGCCAAGAUUACACAGGCAAGGAUGCCUGCUUCCUGCCCAAGAGCUCUGGUCCAUGUACGGGUCACAUUAGUAAAUGGUACUUCGAUGCGGAUCGGGGUCGUUGCGAAGAGUUCAAAUAUGGCGGUUGCUUUGGCACCAACAACCGAUUCGAUACUAAGGAAGAAUGUCAAUCCUUGUGCUCUGUUAGUGAAACCACAUCUCCUUGUGACCAGGUCGUGGAUGAAGGACCUUGCGAGGGCAACUUUGAGCGUUGGUUCUACGACAAUCAGACCGAUGUAUGCCGUCCAUUUAGAUACGGAGGAUGCAAGGGCAACAAGAACAACUAUCCCACGGAACAUGCCUGCAACUACCACUGCCGUCAACCGGGAGUUCACAAAGAUUAUUGCUCGCUUCCUAAGCAAACCGGUGAUUGCAGUGAGAAACAUCCACGUUGGCAUUACAGCGAGACGGAUAAGAAGUGCAUGCCUUUCUAUUAUACUGGCUGUGGUGGCAACAAAAACAAUUUCCCCUCAUUGGAGUCAUGCGAGGAUCACUGUCCCCCCGAAGUUGUCAAGGAUGUGUGCGAAAUUCCAGCUGUGGUGGGAGACUGUACCAAUUAUCAGCCCAUGUGGUACUUCGACACCAAAGAUCAGCGUUGUCGUCAAUUCUACUAUGGUGGCUGUGGUGGCAACGAGAACAAGUUCACUUCGGAGGAGACCUGUAUGCAAAGAUGUGAAAAGAAACCGGAACCGGAACCAGAACCAGAACCACAACCGCCAGCUGCAGCUCCCGUCUACCCACAACAACCACAACAACCACCUGCCAGCGUCAAUGUUUGCGAUGAAACACCCGAUCAGGGUACCUGCAGAAACUUCACCAUGUUAUGGCACUACGACAGGGAACGUGACGUGUGUCGCCAAUUCUACUAUGGCGGUUGUGGGGGCAACGGCAAUCGCUUUAACAGCCAAGAGGAAUGUGCCCAUCAGUGUGUUAGGGAGAGGCCCUAUGAGCCCGAACCUCAGCCACCGGUAUCUAGAAAUGAGACCCAAGCACCUCCUGAGCGACCCGCUGACGAGAAUAUUUGCAUGUUGGCUCAAGAUAUGGGUGAUUGCGAUAGCUAUGUACCCAUGUGGUAUUUCGAUGCCCAAGAGUCCCGUUGCAAUAUGUUCUACUAUGGUGGUUGUGGUGGCAACGGCAAUCGUUUUGCUAGCGAAAAUGAAUGUGCUAGUCGCUGCUUGGCCGAACCUAGUGUCGAAGAUAUUAGCAUUCGUUUCGGUGAACCUGAACCCGAGCCCGAAAGUCCCGAGGAUGAUAGCAGCAAAUGCUUCCUACCGGCAGCUUCUGGCAAUUGUCUAGAAAAUGAAGUUCGUUGGUAUUACAACAGUGAGGAUGGUGUUUGCGAUCAAUUCAUGUACACCGGAUGUGCCGGCAAUUCCAAUAAUUACGCCACAGAAGCCGAAUGUGAAGAUCAAUGCUUCUUGGUGCACAAAACAUGUCAACUGCCUGCCUUGAGAGGCACUUGCAAUGAGACAAUGAUCAGAUGGCAUUACAAUGAGGCUGAGGGUAGAUGUAAUGAAUUCGAGUUCACUGGAUGUCGUGGAAAUCGCAAUAACUUUGUGACCGAACAGGAGUGUAUGUCUCGUUGUGGCAGUGGAGAACCUCCAGCACCAACAUACUCGGUUUGUGAUCAACCCUUGGAGGCUGGCGAAUGUGACAACAACACAGCUGCCUGGUAUUAUGACAAUGAGUCUCAGACAUGUAUGGCCUUUACCUACACAGGUUGUGGUGGUAAUGGUAACCGUUUCCAUACAAAGGAACAAUGUGAACGUCAAUGUGGUGAACUCAAAGGAGUGGAUGUGUGCAAUGAAGAGGUGGCAUCAGGACCUUGCCGCCAAUGGCAAACACGUUACUAUUUCAAUAAGGUGUCACGUACGUGUGAGCCAUUCACCUAUGGCGGUUGCCAAGGAACCGGAAACCGUUUUGAAAAUCGCGCCGAAUGUGAAUCGCUGUGCAUAUUAGGUCAAGAGCCCACCUACACAGAUACCAAAGAUAUUUGCAAGCAACAGGUGGAUGUUGGCCGUUGUAAUGGUCCUUCGGUCACCGAACGUCGUUGGUACUAUGAUGACUCCCGCGGCAAUUGUGUAUCGUUUAUCUAUUCCGGUUGUGCCGGCAAUCAGAAUAACUUCCGCUCUUACGAAUCUUGCUAUAACUAUUGCUCAAAACCCGAAAUUACGAACAACGAAGUGUUGCCCGCAAAUCGAUGCGAGGAAUACGAAAACGAAUGUCGCACCAUAUCCUGCCCCUAUGGAGUGCGCCGAGUCGCCGUGGAUGGAGAAUGUCAGAAAUGUGAAUGCGACAAUCCUUGUGAAGACUAUCCCUGCCCCGAUGACCAGCAUUGUGCCGUUGAGGUGUCCGAUGAACGUUCUGGAGAAUUUACUCCCACUUGCCGUCCCACCAACAAGCCUGGUACCUGUCCCCACCUUACAACCUCUGAGGGAGCCUGUGGCCGUGAGUGUUACACCGAUGCCGAUUGCCGUGAAGACAACAAGUGUUGCAGCAAUGGUUGUGGCUUUGUUUGUGUCCAUCCCGCGGUACCCACAAGACCCACUACUCCAGCACCAGUGGUAGUCUAUCCGGGAGAAGUUCAGGUGUCGCUGGAACCCAAACAGAAACCAGAGUUGGAUGUACAAACACCUUCGGGAGGCAUUGCCGUAUUGAGAUGCUUUGCUGUAGGCAAUCCUGCGCCCAAUGUAACCUGGUCCCGCAAUAAUGUUGUGGUCGAUACCAAUCAAGGACGCUAUGUGUUGACAUCCAGUGGUGAUUUGACCAUUGUCCAAGUACGCCAAACCGAUAGUGGCUCUUAUGUGUGUGUGGCCAGCAAUGGUUUGGGCGAACCUGUAAGGCGUGAAAUUCAGUUGCAAGUAACAGAUCCUGUUCCCAUGCCUGCUUACGUCUAUGGCGAUAAGAAUAUCACACAAAUUGUUACCCUUAAUAGACCCGCUGUGGUGCGUUGUCCUGCUGGUGGUCACCCCACACCCAUGGUCCAUUGGUGGCGCAACCGUAGCCGUUUGCCUUUGGUUAGCACUCGAUUUGAAUUGGCCCGCGACUACUCGUUGACAUUCCGUUCAGUGCAAUUGUCCGACUUGGGUCCAUACACUUGCGAGGCCUGGAAUCGUUUGAGUGUGCGACCUUCUUCGAUUAAGGUUACCUUAGUUGCGGUAGGUCCCGCACGAGCUGCCACCAAUGAAGAUGCCCCAUAUUUGCAAUAUAUAAUCGAACCACCAAAGGCUCCGGUCACGCAGAGACCUUCGUAUCCAUACCGCCCAACAAGACCACCAGCAGUACCACCACCAUAUGUAGUUGAACAGCCUGCUGUUCCCGUCAAUGCUGUCAUCGGUAUGGACCAAUCCAACACCUACUCUCCAGGAUCCACACUGACAAUUAGUUGCUCGGUUCAAGGAUAUCCCACACCAAAUGUAACCUGGAUUAAAGAUGGUUUACCUUUGGUGCCCAGUGAGAGAGUACAAAUAUCUGUCGGUGCCCCUUACAAAGUGAUCAUCAAUAAUGUUAGCAGCGCCGAUUCCGGCAGAUAUGGUUGCAAGGCAGCCAAUGCUGUCAGCUAUAGUAUAAGUGAGGAAAGCAUAAAUAUUCAAUCUACCAUACCUCUGAAUCCUGAGUGUAUUGAUAAUGCUCACUUUGCCAACUGUAAUCUGAUCGUUCGAGGACGCUACUGUAAGAACAAAUACUAUGCCAAGUUCUGUUGUCGAUCGUGUGCCCUGGCGGGUCAGCUUUGAGGUUUCACAGUAGGAUUCCCACUUCACUGACUUGCACAAUGUUUCAAUGAUGCUACAUUUUCUAUUUCAUAUGAUACUACAUUUUAAGACUCUUUGGAGGGAAGCCUGUCACACCAAUCCGGUUCUAGUGCACAAAUUUUUGUCUAAAUAGUAAUCAUCACUACGAAUUUAUUGAUUGAUUGAUUCAUACAUUGAACUUAACUCUGAUUGUCUUUUGCAAUUUCCAUUACGUUUUAACCAUUAAGUGUAACCUCAGGCAAGAGUUAUUAUUAGCAAAGUACGUUUUAAUGAUAGAAAACCAAAAAUUAAUUUUGAGCAAUUAAUUUAAACUUAGUAACACUACUUCACCACUCACUCACUCCUCCCCCCCCCACACACUUUCGAAUAACAACCGAUUUUCUUCGCUAUGCCAUAGAGUUGAAUUAUAAACGAUGAUGAAGAUGAUUAUUUUUUUUUUUUAUUAAUUUUAUGUAUAAGAAAUGUUAGUAAAUAAUUUGUUCCUAUUUAUUGCCCGAGUCAAUGAAAAUAAAUGCGACGAAGUAUUAAUUUUAAAAUUUCGCCCAUAUUGAGAAAAGAAGAAUAACAUAAUUACAUUCACACUUAGAUAUGCAUGUAAAAGAAAUUUGUGAACUUUAAUGUAAUUCCUAAAAAAUACUUUAUACUUUGUAAAUAAAAACAGAAAAAAUAAGAAGAAAAUAAUUAAAUUA